AUGGGGUUAUUUGGGUGGGCCUUACUAGUUCUGUGCUUGCAUUUAACCAGUGCUAGUAGUCUACUGAGCAAGACGAUAAACGCUGAUGGAAGUCGAGAAUUCCGAAUCGCAAAGCAGAUCAAGCACAACACCUGCCUUUGUCAAUGUCGUUGCCUUCCGGAAAAGAUGGAUCUAUUCGGUAAUCAGCCAGUCAUUGGCGCUACAAAAGAAACACUCGCCGACGAAAACGCUGGAAAAGAACAACAGAAACUGCAAAUGACUUUAACUCAGGAGCUCGUCCGAGCCACGACACUGUCGGCCAACGGUGCUGAGAUCAGUAGUACUCCGGAACAAAGCACAACAACACAAAAAGGGACAACACCGGUCGCAGAAACAACAACGGCUACUGAUGGACCCGCUGAAGAGAAAGGCAAGGUGCUCGACACUUCGACAUCAACAACUUCGACAGAACCCACAUCUACAAGUACUCAGCCAGCAACAUCUUCCGCAAGCCUACCGCCGACAUCAGAGACAUCAGCGUUUCCUUCAAAUGACUCAAACAUGACUGCUUCUCCAACUUCAGAAGAACGGUACAACUCUUCAACAUCGGUUCUCGAGUUGUUGGACUCUAUAGACGCCACAGCAGAGAUCGAAAAGAAGGAUAAUCUGGUACAAACGACAUCCACGACAUCAACGCUCGCAACGAUGCCCGAGAAAGAAAAAGCUGCAACAAGUGACAUUCCUACAACUGACGCUGAGGUUACUGUAGAGCAUACAGUAACGAAGGAGAUGGUCACUACUGAGACGGCAACGACAGAUAAUCUUACAACAGACCAUGGAAGCGAAGUCGCUGCCUCUACAGGAAUUAGCGAGGAAAUCGAUUCCACUACAGAAAAAAUUUUACCGGAUGUGACAGGCUACUCCGAAAACUCCACUGAAGUUCCAGAUUCCACCGUCACAACGACGUCUGGAAGCACCAGCAUUUCAUCACCGCCAACAGUCUCUACCGCUACCACUUCUUCAACUGCUUCAGCAACAACAACCACAUCUACUGAAACCACAACAGUCUCUACUAGCACUACUACCACCUUACCUACUCUACCUACUGACCCGCCUUCAACAAACAUCGCCAGUUCUAGCACGACAACCAGUUCGCCUCCAGCAACAUCAACGCCUUUAACUACAAAUUCUACGAGUACCACUGUUACCACGACCACAACCAUUUUGCCGUAUCCCCCAGUGAGGACUACAAUUUCAGAGGUUCCGGAGACUUCUCACUCAUCGCUUAUGUCCACGGCUACUUCAACAACAAGCGUGCCAACGCAUUCCCCCUCAACGUCGCCCGUCGUUACAACCAAAGAAUCAAGUUCACAGCCCAGUACGGAAUUGGUUACUGAGGCUGCAUCCACUUCAGCACCUCUCGCUACCGGAAUGGAGACGACAGCUUCUACUGAUAUUACACCACAUGAAAGCUCAGUGACUACAGUAGCUGUAACUAGCGACCAAGCAAUCUCAUCGACCUCAUCGCAGCCGGAAGAAACCGAGCUGGACGAAAAUUCUAGCACACAAGCCAGCUUUGUGACUGAACUGCUGUCCACAGAUGAGAUCGGUGAGUCUGUGGACGAGGAAGGCGGUCCCAGCCACAUAACAGAUGUUCAUGACGAAGCACCACGAUCCGAGUCGACCACGACAUCUCCGGAGACUCUACUCGAAAAAGUGGAACUCAUACAAUCUCGGAAAGAUUUGCCGGAAAGGUGGAAAGGGCUCGUAGCACGUCUGAGGAAAAAGCUAGAGGAAUUCAAAGCUGAGAGGGAGAUUCUGAGGCUUUCUAACACCUCAUCUACAACGGAGUCUAUUCCAAGGGAUUCGAGCAAAGACACUCCAACAGAGGCCACUUCCGAAAGUCCCCUCGAGCCAGAUUCUAAAGACAAGACCACGCUAACAGCCGAGGAAGCCACAGUAACGAGCCCUACUACAAUCGAACCAGAAGAUGUGGCGGAGACCGUGGAAGAAGCCUCAGUCACUCCGUUGGCUUCAUCUACGCCACAAUUUGCCGAGGUUUUAGAUUCUUCCGCAGUUAACGUUGACACUGACGUUGUUGACAAAAGUGAUGUCCAUGAUUCUUCCGCAGUUAACGUUGACACUGACGUUGUUGACAAAAGUGAUGUCCAUAGUAAGAGUUCUGCAGCGAUGCCGGUCUCCUCGAGACAGCCAUCUUCACCGUCAACGAAAUCGCCAUCGCAAGACGAGAACUCCGAAGAAAAUUCUUCUGCAGCAACUGCUACCACGGUUGUUGAAGACGAGCCCUCAUUUGUUUUAAGCGAGACAGAAGAGGAAGCAGAAGACAACGAUCAUGAUUGGGCGACAACUACAACAGCUACAAACAUCGAAGCUUCCACCAGUGGGGAAGAAACUGAUGCCACAACUGACAGCGACUUGGAUACGACAGUUUCCGAGACAGCAUCUUCCGAUAGUACCACAGUAGGUAUGACCGAGGAACAUGUGAGUUCCUCCGCAAGUCCUUCGACAGAUGGAGAGGACUCUUUCACGGAGAUCUCAGAGAACGAUGACGAACAAGAACCUGCUAGCACCUCUGUUGAGAUGACGACAACACCAGGAAGCGCACUAUCUUCAACUACAGAAGACGUUGAUAGAACGACGUCUAGGUCUCCGUCUUCGACUGUUCCUCCAUCCUUACCAAAUAACAUCAUCACGAAGGAACCUACAACAGAAGACCUUACCACGGUCACUUCUGGAGCCAGGAGGACGAUCUCAACAACCACAUCCGAGAACCUGGAGAAAGUAGGGAGUUUUUUGGUCCUCGACCCAGCAGCAGUAUCCUCUUCUGAAGAAAAAAGUGAUGACAAGAAGACAAGUAGUCAUCGAAAAGUGGUAGAAGGAUCGUCGACAACUCCACCGUCUGCUGUUACUAACGACAAUAUGGUACCUGUCACAACCGAAGAAACUGCCGAGAAAAUCGAUCUAUUCUCUUCUACGGUGGAUGCUAUCUCUGGGGAUGCUUUUGUAACAACAACACUGUCAAGUACAACUAUCACAACAGAGGAUAGUUCGCCGAUGCGAAGAACUGACAUCUUCGAAAAAAGAAUGAGGGAAGAGCGAAUCCGUUUUGAGCAGAUUAAACAUGAACAAGAAAAACGACUAGAAGAACAGCAAGGAACAGAAACGGAUCGUGUUUUGCGUGAGGAGCUCAAUAGAAGAAAUGAAGAGAUGCAGAAACAGUUAGAACAACAGAAAGCUUCGGAGUUAAGGCGGCAACGAAUACUCGAAGAACAACAACGAAUCGAAGAGGAACGCUUGCGAAAGAUUGCCGAAGAAAAAGAAGCGAGAGAAUUCGCAAAAUUGGCCUCUACUGAAGUUCCUACAAGCACAACAACUAAGCAUUUUCAAUACCGAUUGAAACCAUCUCAGGAGUAUGAGUCAAUAUUCCAAAUCGCGGCAAGUGAAGAUCUAGAUGCUCUCGUUCGUGCUUACCUGAAAGAAGAGGAUUUGUCGUCUGUGGACAAACACGGAAAUAAUAUUCUUCAUAUUGCCGCCGAGAAUAAUGGAAGAAACAUGGCCAGAGGAAUUGUUGCUUUAACACCUUCCCAUGCUCUAUGGGAGAACAAGAACAAAGCCGGUAAAACUCCAAUCGACGUGGCCUCACCAAGGGUUAAGAAAGAUCUGCUGUUGAUAUCAAUGAGCAACACGAAAGUUCCCGAUCAUCAUACCAUUCUGAACAAGCGUUUACUCGAGCAGAAAAUUAGUAAUUCGACUCGAAAACGGGUGGCACGGCUUAGACGUGGGCUGAUAGAUUUUGCUUUAGCUGUUCAGUCACUAGCCACAUGA